CUCAGCAUUUUUAUCCCCGCCUCCCUCCCAUGUCCAAAUUUUCCAGCGAAUUGCUGGCGCAGACUUCCGCAAUCCUGAUGAAAUAAAUCUAGCAUCCCUAGUCAUCGCCCACAUUAUCCACACUUCCUGCUGAAACCAGCCCAGAGAACACAUCCCCAUCAGCAGGAUGUGGGGGCUCAAGGUUCUACUGCUACCCAUGGUGAGCUGUGCUCUGUACCCUGAGGAGAUACUGGACACCCAGUGGGACCUAUGGAAGAAGACCUACGGGAAGCAGUAUAAUAGCAAGGUGGAUGAAAUCUCUCGGCGUUUAAUUUGGGAAAAAAACUUGAAGUAUAUCUCCAUCCACAACCUUGAGGCCGCUCUUGGUGUCCACACAUAUGAACUGGCCAUGAACCACUUGGGGGACAUGACCAGUGAAGAGGUAGUUCAGAAGAUGACAGGACUGAAAGUACUCUCCUCUAAAUCCCAGAAUAAUGACACUCUCUAUAUCCCAGAUUGGGAGGGCAGAACCCCCGAUUCCAUCGACUAUCGAAAGAAGGGAUAUGUUACACCUGUCAAAAACCAGGGUCAGUGUGGUUCCUGUUGGGCUUUUAGCUCUGUGGGGGCCUUGGAGGGUCAACUCAAGAAGAAAACUGGAAAACUCUUAAAUCUGAGUCCCCAGAACCUCGUGGACUGCGUGUCUGAGAACGAUGGCUGUGGAGGGGGCUAUAUGACCAAUGCCUUUCAGUAUGUGCAGAAGAACCGGGGUAUUGACUCUGAAGAUGCCUACCCCUACGUCGGUGAGGAUGAAAGUUGUAUGUACAACCCAACAGGCAAGGCAGCUAAAUGCAGAGGGUACAGAGAGAUCCCUGCGGGGAAUGAGAAAGCCCUGAAGAGGGCAGUGGCCAGAGUGGGACCCAUCUCUGUGGGCAUUGACGCCAGCCUGAGCUCCUUUCAAUUCUACAGCAAAGGUGUGUAUUACGAUGAAAACUGCAACGGCGAUAAUGUGAACCAUGCGGUUUUGGCCGUGGGAUAUGGGCUCCAGAGGGGAACCAAGCACUGGAUAAUUAAAAACAGCUGGGGAGAAGACUGGGGAAACAAAGGCUAUAUCCUCAUGGCCCGGAAUAAGAACAACGCCUGUGGCAUUUCCAAUCUGGCCAGCUUCCCAAAGAUGUAACUCCAGCCGGGCAGGUGCUCUUCCAUUCCUUCCAUGAUGGUGCGUUGUACUGAUGUGCUUUGGGAAGGAGUUGGCAUGCCUUUCUUGAAGCAAAAGUGUUCAAUUUCUCUGUUUGUGCUUCAGGUGACUCUCCUACUUCUUCCUUCUCUCUACCCAAGGCCUUUGUUUUUGUCACUGUGGCCACAACAGGAAUUUCCCUGACAGGUGUGCACUUUUAGACAAAGAGAUGUGACUACAGUCUGCCCUGACUGUUGUCCUGGGACAGAUUCUGUGCAGAAAGAACCUAGAGAUAUUCACAUACUAGAUUCACAUUC